GCGACACCGAUCACAUGUGAUCCGACUGUCACAGACACAGGGACCGAGUUGAACACAAGUGAAAGAAGUUGUGUUGUUGAUAAUAAUCACAUGCGAGGUGGCAGCAGCUAGCAGCUAACAGCUGUUGGCCAGUGAACACAGGAAGCAGUCAUCACACUAACAGCUUCACUGGGCGGCCAUCUUCCUCUAUUCUUCUUCUACUGUCUAUUGUUGUUGCUUGUUGUUUUUUUUGGGGGGGGGCCAGACAAGAGGAACGCUCAUGUCUCACACGGUAAAACAAUGAGGCUACGUCCAGCAGCUGGUUGACUUAGCUUAGCAUAAGGGUUCAACAUGGCUUAGAAAUAGUUCAGUAAGUUUAUAUUUUCCUGGGUGUUGAAGCCGUGAGAUCACGUGUGAUAUUCUCUCGUUGCUCAGUUGAUUUCCUUCUUCGCGACAGACUCUGGUUUUCCUCUCGGACUCGUGCCGUCUUAGUUCUCUCCAGCUGUUGUGUAACGAGUUUGUCCCGAGCUUCCUGUGGUUUCGGGUGACUCUCGCCCUCCGUGUUCUCCGGCAGCUCUUACGUAAGACGACAGCGCUGCUCAGAUGUUUCAGCCUCUGAGCAGAAUCUAGGAUUGAAACAGGGAGAAACAACACACAGAACCAGACCUGCUUCAGUCCCGCGGGAGCGGAGGAACCUCGGGAGGCGACACCGACGGAUGCUCUGGAAAAUGACUUCGGAGCUGAGGAGCUGAAACAGGUGGAACUUUGUUGCAGAAGUUCACGUCACAACUGGAAACUUUGUUCUUUUUCUCUGGACUUUGUGUUUCCUGUUGGGGAGAAGUUCUGCCGUCUGUCGGCGACAGCAGCACAGGAAGUGUGUGACGGGAUGUUGGACCCCUCGGAGGUGUUCAAUGAGCCGGGGGCGAGCGACAUAGACAAACACUGAAGGAGGAGAGAGAGAGAGAGAGAGAGAGAGAGAGAGGCAGCAGCUGGAGGCCACAGACAGAGAGAGAGAGAGGAAGCAUCCGUCGGAGCUGCUGAGUUUCUGAAGACGACAAACACAAAAAGGUCGCUAUGGGAAACGCAGACAGUCUCGGCAGCUCACCUGUCGUGACCCCGGCCAAGCCCUCGUGCCAGCUCAGGUUCUCCUCCGGGAGGGAGGAGGCGCCGUCAGCUCGCAGCUGGUGGAGGAGCAGCCGGGGCGGCGGCAGGAGCCGCGGGAGGAGCCUGCCCCAGCCCUCGUCCUGGCAUCACGACCACGGACCUCAGAGCUGCAGCGGAGGAGGCCGCCUGACGCCGUUUGGAUGCCCGGAGAGCGGCGAGGGGAGUGAAGGCGUCUGCGGCGAGCGCACGUCUCUGGAGAGCGGCGGCAGCCCCAAAGUCCUGCUCAGCAAAGACGGCAGCAUGAGGGUGGAGUUCGCCAACAGCAGGGUCGUCCCCGUGGAGCCCCAGGGGCUGACCGGCCUCCCCGCCAUCAACACCGCCGCUGUCCCAGCCACAGAACCCUCCCUCCGCACCAGUAAGGGCAGCUCGCUCAGCUCCGAGGGCUCCUGGUACGACUCGCCAUGGGGGGGCGGUGCUGAGCUGGCCGACAGCGUGUUUGUGUGCGGGCAGAGCCCCGAGGAGACGGCCACCGGCACGGACGCCUACAGCACCUUCUUCUCGGCUCAGGUGGAGGAGAUCUCCCCUGGAUUUAACUCCACCCUCCUCUUUCGCGCCGCAGACACCAACAAGUUCACCGCCGCCGCAGGUUACAACACCUGCUCGUCCGGUCGGACGGAGGACAGCGGCAUCGGGGACUCGGUGAUCCUGCGGUCGGACCUGAGAGACUUCAGCCUGGUUUCCUCGCCCGCGGCGUCGCUGGACAGCAUCUACUGCAGCCACAACACGCUGCCCGCCUUCCCCACGGCCCCCGACGCCGCCUCCCCCUCGGCGCUGCUGGAUGACAUCAUCCAGGAGGAGGAGGGUGCAGGUGGAGGUGCCGAGCGUUACUCCUCCCUCACGCUGCCCUGCCGCAGGGCGGAGUCCGUCAGCACCGCCCCCAGGAACAACCGCAAAGACUUUCUGAAGAGUCGGAUCAGACGCCUGAGCGACUGGACAGGAAGUCUGAGCAGGAAGAAGAGGAGGAUCCAGGAGCCUCACGGCAGCGACGACGUCUUCACCCACGGGUUGGACGACCGUGGCUUGGCGUGGUCGUCCAACCCGCUCCACGCGCUCAUCACGCCCCCUGCGGUCCACUGUGGCUCCAGAGGCCUGAGCCAGAGCAGCGACACCCAGCGGCAGAACAUCUACGAGAACUUCAUGCAGGAGCUGGAGACGGGCUGCGGCAGUGCGGCCGACCGGACCGAGCCGUCGGAGGGGGACGGAUAUGAGGAGGAAGAGGAGGAGGAGGAGGAAGAGGAGGAGGAGGAGGAGGAGGAGGUGGAGUUGGGAGGUAUAGAGCAGCUGGACGUCUUGUUUGAGAAGGAGCAGGGUGUGGUGCGACGGGCCGGGUGGCUCUCCUUCAAAGCCCUCAUCACCGUCAGCAAGGAUGGGAAGCUGGAGCUGGUCGCACGCCGCAAGUGGAGGCGCUACUGGGUCACACUGAAAGGUUGCACUCUGCUGUUUCACGAGACGUACGGGAGGAGCGGCGGCGCCGAGCGGGACCUUUCUCCUCGCUACGCCCUGCUGGCCGACGACGGCAUCGUGCAGUCGGUGCCCGAACAUCCCAAGAAGGAACACGUCUUCUGUCUGAGCAACUCGUACGGAGACGUCUACCUGUUCCAGGCCACGAACCAGACGGACCUGGAGAACUGGGUGACCGCCAUCCACUCGGCCAGCGCCGCCCUGCUGGCGAGGCGGCAGGGGAAGGAGGACACGCUGCGCCUGCUGCGCUGCCAGAGCCGCUCGCUGCUGCACAAGAUCGACAUGGACGGAAAGAUGAAGAAGAUGGCGGAGCUGCAGCUGUCCGUCAUCAAGGAGCAGAGGAACAGGAAGGCGGUGGAGAGCCAGAUCAAGCAGUGGGAGCAGAACCUGGAGAAACUGAACCUGGAUCUGUUCAGACUGAGGUGCUACCUGUCCAGUCUGCAGGGCAGCGAGCUCCCCAACCCCAAGAGCCUCCUCGCCGUCGCCAGCCGGCCCUCCAAGAGCAUGCUGGGACGCCUGGGAGUCUUCUCCGUGUCCUCGUUCCACGCCCUGGUGUGCAGCAGAGACGAGGUGACGUUGCGGCGGCGUUGUCGGUCUGUGUCCGGGGGGAACAGGAGGAGGGGCCUGCCGUCCUCUCUGACGGAGCUGGACGGGCGGAGCAGACGCAGCAGAGACUCCAGCCACUCCACAUCCCAGAGACUCGACUGCGUGUCCAGACACGGCAGGGUGGCGCCCUCUGCAGGACGUCCCACCAUGGUACAGACGCGUGACGAGCUGCAUGUUUCCGUCCCCGCCGUUUUCUCGCUUCACAUCUGUCGACCCGACGCCGCUCAGGACUUCGGCUUUGCGGUGACGGGCCACGUGGACGGCGCCGGGAAAAGUCACGUGUACGUCAGCGAGGUCGACCCGCUGGGACUGUCGGCCGGAGCAGGCCUCAGGGCCGGAGACGAGGUCCUGGCCGUGAACGGGGCGUCGCUGUCCGGUCUGGACCUGGACCUGAUGCAGAGUCUCUUCAGCCACCGGAAGCUGCAGCUGCUGCUGAGGAGAGACGAGUCACCUGACCCCGAGGGGCAACCCGGUGACCCCGCCGACGCCUGCGAGGCCCCGCCCCCCCUGCACCUCCAGACCUGGACCAAAGAUGUUUCGCGUCCCGGCAAAGUCCCGCCUCCUGCGUUUGAUGACGCCUCCGCGAGGUCGUCUGAGGACGGCGAGCCGACGGGACAGAAUGUCGACCGGGUGUACUCUCUGUACCGAACCUUCCCAGAAUGCCGAGCUGCCGACGCCGACGUUCCCAGGAACCCGUACGGCGGAGAGGCGGUCCUGCAGCCGGCGAGCCCCGCCCACCUGAGCGUGUGUCAGCGUCUGCGUAAAGUCGUCCAGGAACUGGUCGACACGGAGAAGUCGUACGUCCAGGAUCUGGUCCGUCUAUUCGACAUCUACCUGACGCCUCUGCAGACGGAGACGUUCCUCAGCGAAGCAGAGAUGGAGGCGCUCUUCGGGAGUCUUCCCCAGAUGUUGGACUUCCAGAGAGUUUUCCUUCAGACGCUUGAGGAGAAAAUCUCCUUGUGUCCGAACCUCGGUCGCCUGGAAACACCGGAGCAGUUCCAGAAACUCCUCUUCUCACUCGGAGGAUCUUUUCUUUACUACGCCGACCACUUCAAACUCUACAGCGGCUUCUGUGCGAAUCACAUCAAGGUGCAGAAAGUUCUGGAGCGAGCGAAAACAGACGGAGCCUUUAAACGCUUCUUAGAGACGAGGAAUCCCACCAAUCAGCACUCGUCCUGUCUGGAGUCGUACCUGAUCAAACCUGUUCAGAGAGUCCUGAAGUAUCCACUGCUGCUCCGAGAGCUGGUGUCACUGACGGACCCCGAGAGCCCGGAACACACACACCUGACAGACGCUCUGAGGGCGAUGGAGAAGGUGGCGAGUCACAUCAACGAGAUGCAGAAGAUCUACGAGGAUUACGGCUGCGUGUUCGACCAGCUGGCUGCGGAGCAGAGCGGCGCCGACAGACAGGUGAGUGACAUCUCGAUGGGGGAGUUUUUGGCCCAUUCGUCCGUGGUGUGGUUGAACCCUCUUCCUUGUCUGGGACGUCUGAGGAAGGAACCAGAGCUCACGCUGUUCGUGUUCAAACGAGCCGUCAUCCUGGUUUAUCGUGAGAACAGCAAACUGAAGAAGAGGAUGACGAGCUCCCGCUCAGCGGAUCUGGACCCCUUCAGGUUCCGCUGGUUAAUCCCAGUUUCGGCGGUUCAGGUCAGACCGGCCAACAUCACAGGCCUGGAGAACCCGUGUGUGUGGGAGCUGGUCCACGGCCGGUCGGAGGCGGAGGGACGACCGGAGACGGUGUUCCAGCUCUGCAGCAGUGGUUUGGAGACGAAGGCCGGCGUCCUGCGAGUCCUGCGCUGCCUCGCCAGAGAGCGAGUGUCCGUCGGCUCCCUGAGGAGGACGAGGCCGGCGGCGGAGAGGAGCGCCCCCUGGAGGAGGAGGCAGCAGCGGAGGACGCCUCACCUGUCGGAGGAGAGCUGCCGACCCGACGGCAGGUUGGUCCUGGGAGAAACGUGCUCGGAGCCGCCGCUGCCCAGCCACGCCCCCGCCGCCGCCGCCGGGACCAGGACCAGACUCUGCUCGCUGACCGGCGACCUGGAGGCUCAGCUGCAGCGCCUGAACUUCGGAGAAGAGGAGGUGGAGUCAGGACGUGGUUGUGGCCGGAGGGCGGCGGGGAAGAGGCGGAGCUCCGGAGGAGAAGCGCUGGACCUCGGCCGCCUGCUGGAGAGAGACUUCAGCGUUCACAGCAUGACGUCCAUGAUUAAUGAAGACUGCUUCUACGACGCCAUGUUCGGGAUUCAGACGGCGGACGUUCCCACGCUACAGGGCUGACAUGCUAACGUGCUAACGUCAGGAGAACUCCGGUUACCAUGGAGACGAAGCUUCUCAGACACAAAGUGAUCACGUGACGACAAUGUUGGAUUUAUUCCCUCUGCUUCAAGAACGUCUGAACUUUUUAUGAAUUAUUCUCCAGGAGACGUGGACAUGUUAAAGACAAAUCAGGCUCCGCCCCCUUUGUCCAGAUCCACACCAACAUGUCACAAAUAAAAAAAUUCUCAUUUUAUUUAAAAUUCCAACUUUGCAAAACUCAAAACGGAGGUUUCCUCGAGCGGGAACGUUUCCGAGUCGUCGCGUGACGAAUCACGUCAGGAGGUUUAUUACGAUGACGGAAUAUUUUCAUUUCUGUCUGAGACCUCGAGUGAAAACUGCUGCUCGUGUUUCAUCAGGAACAACAGUUCAAAAACUUUAUUUCAUUGGACGUGUGUGAAUGUUUUUCUCUGAACAGCAAAUGUUUCUUUCCUGAUGAAUUAUUGUGCUUGAAUAUUUUUUGUCCCAUUUGAUCUUAAAGAUCCAGAAACAAUGAAGCUUUUUUCAAGUUAUUUUUUUAAACUGUUAUUAAAGUAUUUGGUUUAUUUAUUUUCUUAAAUAUUUUGUGUAAAAAUCUUUUUGAAGGACGCGACGCUGGUGAAGUCCAAUGAAUGAAAAAAGUAUUUAAAGAUUCAUUGAUCCUGACUUUGUUUUGUUAUGUAAAUAAAGAUGGACGACACGACAGAUGCCGUAAAGGUCAUAAGCCCCGCCCCCUCCAUGUUAGCAGAUGAGUUUUUUAAAAAUCAAAAUAGUUAAAAAAAACUUCCAAAGAAGUUUAGUAUUUAUCGUCUUUUCAUAAUUAACUGAGGUCACGAUUUCUUUUCCUUGUCGGAAAAACUUCAGCUGUCCUCAUGAGGCCGCCGCCUGCGGACGGUCAGAGAGAAGGAAUGUGCUGAACCACACACACACACGCUUGUGUGUGGUCCUUGAACACAUCACGGCUGUUUGAUGUGAGUUUCUCAUUUUCGACUUUUCUCUUAUUUCCAUGAUGGUUUGUUUUUGAAUGUUCGUAUUUACAGGUUCAGGUCGGAGCCGCAGGAAGUGUGAUGACAUCACAACGUUCAUGAUUUAUGUUUUCAUGCUAAUGACCAAUAUCAGACGGAAAACUUUGACAUGAAUCAGAGAUUGUUUUUUAAGCGUAUCCGACUCUUCACUUCGAUCCUGACGUCAUGUUGUCAUUUGUGCAUCAGUUCUGAGAUAAAUAAUUAUUGAAGAUUAAAUUUUAAAUUUUAAAAUGU